AUGGCCUACCAGCCAUCGCGCAGUCCCUUUGCGCCCGCGCAACAAGACGGCUUCUACGGAAACCCUCGUAGCGGGCUCCGAGGAUACGGGCUGUCGAACCAGCCCAUCCCUCUAUCCAAUAAAGUGAACGGCUACUUUGAAAAGGACCGCACACUACCUUUAUACAAAGAUAAGCCAUUCUUUGCGCCGCGGCGCACAGGUCCUCGAAGGAGAUGGAGGCCGUUCCUGAACGUGCUGGGGGUGUGUACAGUGUUAUUUUUGUUGUGGUAUAAAUUCUACCUCCCCACGUGGUCGGGGCUACAGUCAAAUGAUAAAGGGGUAGAAUUAUGGAAAUGGGCCCAGACAUUGGAAGACGGAAAAUCUUCUGGGGACUUAUCUGACUGGACUGCGAGACGAGAGAAAGUGCGGGACGCCUUCAUCGUCAGUUGGGAAGGAUAUGAAAAGAACGCAUGGGGAUACGAUCAGUAUCGCCCAGUAUCGAACGUUAACCAGGAAGACACGAGCGGCGGAUUAGGCUGGAUGAUAGUUGACUCGCUGGACACAAUGAUGAUCAUGAAUCUGACCUCCAAGGUUCACCGCGCGCGGCAAUGGAUAUCAACAUCGUUGAAUUAUGAUCAGAACCGUGAUGUUAAUACGUUUGAGACGACUAUUCGCAUGCUGGGUGGUUUGCUGUCUGCACACUAUCUGUCAACCCAAUACCCCAAUUUGGCACCCCUCAGCGACGAUGAUGUCGGUGCUGACGGUGAAGACCUGUACAUCGAGAAAGCAGCUGACCUCGCUGAGCGGUUACUCGGGGCUUUCGAGUCUCCAAGCGGUAUCCCAUGGUCGAAUGUCAAUCUCAACUCGUCAGAAGGCGUUGUCGUGCAUUUCGACGAGGGGGCUACGUCUAUUUCUGAGGCUGGCUCGCUACAGCUUGAAUUCAAGUACUUGGCCAAGCUGACCGGCGAGGCAGAAUAUUGGAAGGUGGUUGAGAAAACGAUGAAGCUGGUUGAUCAGCAAAAGUCGCAGGAUGGCCUUGUCCGAACUGCCAUCCAUCCUGACAAUGGUGCAUUCAAGGGAGACAGUAUUACUCUGGGCAAUAAGGCAGAUUCUUACUAUGAAUAUCUCAUCAAGCAAUACCUGCAAACUUCCCAACAGGAGCCCAUCUACAAAGAGAUGUGGGACGAGGCAUUGAGAGGCAUUCGCAAGAACCUGGUCUCAUUCACCAAGAACUCUCAGCUGAUGAUCAUCGGCGAGCGCCCCCAGGGCCUAGACCAGGACCUGUCUCCCAGAAUGGACCAUCUGGUCUGCUUUAUGCCCGGAACAAUCGCGCUCGGCGCGACCGGUGGCCAGCCCUUGUCACAAGCCCGAAAGUCAGCGGACUGGACUCAACAGCGCGAGGACGAAAUCCUCAUGUCCAAGGAAUUGAUGAAGACCUGCUGGGCAAUGCACAAGGCAACAGCAACCGGUCUCGCAGCCGAGAUCUCCCACUUCGUCCUAGACUCGCCGCCCGUGAUGAUGGCAGACAAGUACCCAGACCCAACGAACCCCAACCGCGCAUCCAAGCCCGAGGCACUACACGGCAUCUCCAAGCCCCUAGAUGCGCAAAGCGAUGCCUCGGAGUCCUGGCGCGCGGAUAUCGACAUUCGCCGCAACGACCGCCACAAUCUACAACGCCCGGAAACUGUCGAGUCCCUCUUCUAUCUCUAUCGUAUCACCGGCGACGAUAUCUACCGUCAAUGGGGCUGGGAGAUCUUCAAGUCUUUCAUCAAACACACAGCCGUGGUCGAGAAGAAGAUUACCUCCCGUAUUCCUACGUCAACCAACACAGCGCCCGUUUUCCGUAUCAAGGGCUUUACAUCACUCGGAAACGCGGAUGCGGUCCCUUCAUACAAGCGCGAUAAUAUGGAGGGCUAUUGGAUGGCUGAGACGCUUAAAUAUUUCUACUUAUUGUUCUCAGAUCGUGAUUUCAUCUCGCUGGAGGAUCACGUUUUCAAUACUGAGGCCCAUCCAUUCCCGCGGUUCAAGCCUACUGGGGAUCUUAAGACGGGGUGGGAGAGGGCGCCUAGGCAGUAG